AUGAACUCGUGUAGUAUCCGCGUCAUCGAUUUGGACGACGGCUCUGUGCGUACCAUCACAUGGGAUGUAAACGUACCCGACCAAGUCUUUGAGAGUCUCAUUGAAUCGCAAUUACGUGCACAAUUUGGCGUAUCGGAUGAAGCUUGGGUGGAUCUCAUUGAUACUGCGAAUUCGAGUCUCGUACAUAUAACAAAGGAAGUGUUGAGUAAUAUGAAAGACUCAUUAUGUUUGUGUCUGUCUCCAAAGACAGAAGCGCUUGCUCCAAUGAAAACAAAUGAAGUGUUUGAGGUCAUUUUUCAAGACCGAUCUCUAGGCAUGACAAUCCGUGAACAUAAUGAAAGUGUGAUUGUUAAUCAUUUUAAACGUCAACCGAAUGGUGCAAUAGGUGAAGCCGAAGCCAGUCGAGUUAUCCAGCCUAACGAUGUCAUUUACAAAGUUAAUGGAGCACGAACUGUUGGUCGCAGCUAUGAUAACGUUGUACAAAUGCUACAAGCACAAACGCGUCCAUUGAGCAUUCAAUUCUUUCGUCCUUUUCGACGUGAUGGGCUCUUUGCAGUUGAAUUUCGUGGUCCUAGUCUUAAUAUGACUAUCACGACGGACGAUGUCAAUGUUAUUGUCAAGGACUUGCCUAUGGCACAUCCAAAUAUCGUUGGCUAUGCAGAAGCUCAUGGUGUACGCAUCUCGGAUAUUGUACAUGCAGUUGAUGGAGUAGUAAUUAAUGGAGUCGAGUAUAACCGUGCUAUCAGUCUACUCAGUCGCAGUACGCGUCCUAUGGUCGUGAUUUUUGCACGUUCAAAAAUCAUGCCUCCAACACCUGGAAGAUCAACGGCUGCCAUGACGAACCGGUUCUCGUUUGCGUCGACAGUAGCACCGUCACCUCGACCAAGUACCGUAGAUAGUCUUGGAUCACGUCGUGGUUCAGCAUCGUCCAUGAUGAGUGGGGUAGAUGGCGAAAAUAUGCUUGUAGAGGAAAUGCUAGAGUUUUGCGAAGGAAUGGGCAGUGAUGGUGUACUAACUCAUAAAGAAGUGGAGAUGCUAAAGGAUAUGGUGCUUGCUAUGCGACCAGACGUUUGUUGUGCUGUGAAGCGAAAGAAUACGAAUGCUCUCGUGGCACUUGUCCGGUCUCCGUUCAUGCGGCUGUGGGAAAACUUACUUAAGACUCGAGAGAAAAUUCUACUAGCUGGACCUGUGUCGCUGAAGCGCAAAAAACGCUUCCAUCUGCUACUGACCGAUCAUGAACGACUAUUAUUUGUCAAUAAAGACACGAAUUUACUAGAAGACGAGAUCAUGUGCUCACAGAUUGUGACUGUGAGUUCACGCUCUAAGUUUCAGGAGCUCACAAUAUCAACAAGUAAGACGGAGUACGUCUUGAUUGACAAUUUCAUCGGACCUGUCAUUUGGGUCCGUGCUAUCUUGCCUUUCACAUGCACACAGGGGAUUUUAAAAGUGGCGAGCAGCAGGCGAUUCCUUGUCUCAAAGAAGCGGUAUUUCAUAUUGCGUGGCAAUCGUCUUACAGGGUACAAGAAAGAAAGUAUGAUUCAUCAGGUUGGCGCUAAAAGCAGCACGAUUUCUCUUGCGGAUGCCAAAAUUGACAUCUCGGACCCACGCAAUCUCACUAUUAUCAUCACGACGCCCGAAUUUAGUCAAGCAGGGAAAAAGCUUAUCCUGACAGCAACGUCGACACGAGAGUUUAAUAAGUGGACUACAGCCUUACUAGCGCUGCAAACAGGAUCGCCAACCCCAGCGGCUUGA